UCGAAAGGCUUGACAAGAAUGGAUAUAGGAGGAGGAAUGAAAAGGUUGGCGGAAAACCGAAACACAAAAGGGCUUGAUAAGGGACGCAAGGCGGAUAAAUUUCAAAUUUUCCGCCGGGACGUAACAAUUGCCACAAUACAGUUUACUGAAAAGGUUGUAAAGGAGCCAAAUAUAUUGGCAUCUGUGCAAUAUUCAAGGGUUUGUGUAAUAAUUGACAAAUCAGUUACUAUAUUCAAAAAUGAGACAUGCAACGAGAUACUAUUAAAUGUUAAUUUUGAGUCAAUGAUAACAUGUUAUUGUAUCUCUGACAAUGGUUUAUUUUUGUUUGUUGUAUUAUCAAGCAGAGUCUUAUACUGUCUCAAUUUAUUAAAUAAUGGUCAAGUUAUUUUCACAAAAGAUAUCAAAGAUGGACAUAAGAUAAUAACAAUAUUUUUACAAAAUGUAGGUGAUGAAUGUAACAUAUAUCUUAUUGCAAAGAAUGGAGCUGUUUAUAGAGUAUCACAAUUAAACAAUAAACUUGUGAAGUCUGUUAAACAAAAUGAAACCAAUAGUAAUAUUAAAAUUGGAAACCUUACCGAAGAGAUUCAGUGUGUACAAUUAUUUAAAGGAUUUUACGAUGAGGAGAUAACAUGUGCUGCUGUAGGUAUGAUAAAUAGAGAUAUAUCAAUAGCUAUGUUAUGUCCAAGUAAGUUAUUUAUGUGGCCUACUGAACAGUACAAUAAUUUUAAAUCAUCAAGCAAUUAUAUUAAAGUGAAGUUCUUUAGGAACCAUGUGGCUAUGUUGUGUUUACGUGAAGAUCGCAUAUUAAAGAUGAUAUGCCCUCAUACUUUACUUGGAGUAUACAUGGAUACUAUACGUGCAUUAGAUUUCACAAUAAUUGAAAAUAACGAUAACAGUUCAUGUCAAAUUCUUGUACUAGCAGAAUCCGAUGAUAAUUGCAUUGGAAAUACUGUACGUUUUCUUUCAUUUCCAGAAUUUGAAGAAAAAUUUCGAAUAACUGUACCUAUUACGACAUAUCUUGUUGAAAUUAUGGAUCCUUGUGAUGAAAUAAUUUUGUACCUGGAAGGAGUUAAUGGUUUGAGGAGUAAUACUAAUUAUAUAGAUACAAUUAGGGUCAAAAAUGUAUCAGAAAGUAUUCCCGAAUAUCAGUUACAAUGCCUUUUAAGGAAGGAGCAGUUUGAUGCAGCUGAAGCAUUAGCAAAAACGUUUAAUUUAUCUACAGAACCUAUUUAUUGUAAAAAAGCAACAUUGAUUUUAUCGCAACUGGAACCUUGGGCAAAAAAGAACUGUGUUCCUAUUCAAUUAGAUAUGCUUUUUAGUAUACUUGACAAAAUAAAAAAUGUGCAAUUCAUAGUAGAGUGCUGUAGUAAAGCACUUAUACCUGAUUAUAAACAGAUGAGAAAAAUUCACGUAUAUGCACGUUCAAGAAUAAUAGAAAGCACUACAGAAACGAAGAGUAAUGAGAAUUUAAAUCUUCUUUAUUUGAUUAAUAAUAUGUUGCAUAAAUUAGAAACUUUCCACAUGAUUUGGGAAUGUAAAAAGAAAUCUCAGUAUUAUGAUGACGUUAUUAUGAAAGAAUGGAUAAGGUUUCAACAGGCAAAUUUUGUAGAAGAAUAUAAAACUUAUAUAAAUUUGGGAGAAAUGGAAGUAGCAGCUUUGAUUUGGACUAGACAUCUUCCAGAAAUAAUAAAAUAUAUAUCCGUCAAAACUGUGAAAGAUAUAUUUGCAAUUAUUCCAGAGAAUACAUCUUCAGCUGUCCUUUGGCCAUGGUUAUCACAUUUUAUACCAACGUUAUUGUCUUGCGUUCCCAGUGCAAUGUGUGAAAUUAUUUGCUGGGGAUGUAAGAAAGUUAAAUUAUUUGAAAAAACUCAUUAUUCCGAAUGGCCUCGAAUUGGAAUUGAUUUUGCUAAUAGAUUUAUAAAGUUACUUAAAUUUGAGGAAAAUCAUCAGUCUUUAUAUUUCCAUCAAGAGUAUCUAAGUAACGAUUCCAGUUUAAAACAGCUUAUUCUUUUAACACAAACUAUGUCUGAUAUUCAAAAACUAAAAUUGAAUUACAGAUUAACAGUACCUCUUAAUUUGUAUAAUGGAGAUCCGAUAGAAGUAUCUCACAUGUUACUAGAUAGGAUACACGUAGAUAAUAUUCCAGAAUUUGUAAAUACAUUUUUAAAACAAUACAUGUUAAAUAACUCGUUGAAAAACGAUUAUGUUUUUACUUUAUAUAUACAGAAGACAAUAAGAAAUUCUAGAAGUUGGUCUGGUGAAGAAUCUACAUGGGAGGAAAAAAUUAUCGUUAUUAUUGAUUUAAUUCAAAAUAUAGAGACUAAACUACAACAAGUAUUGGAAGUUUUAAAAAAUGUUUCUGUUCCAUGGAGUCCAGCUAUUAAGAAUCUAGCAGAAACAAGCAGUACUGUUGAUCAUAUCUUAGCAUCUCAAAUUAGAACAGAACGCAAUUACGUUCCAAUAAAACUUAUAUUGAAGAAAUAUGGGUAUGAACGCAUUGGUAUAAAUGAUAGAUUAGUACAUCGUAUCAUAAAAGAAAAUCAUGAUGAAAUGAUUUCACAUAUUCAAUGUAUAACAAAAAAUGAUCCAUUAUUAAGGAAAAAGGCAUUUUCAUUUUGUAUAAAUUAUUAUUUAUCUAAAGGGAAUUUUACGAAAGUAAUGGAAAUAUUAAACUCUUUAGAAAGAGAAGUUCUGUUAUAUUGCUGUAUACAAAUUGUUAAUUAUGUAAUAUCUAGUUUGAGAUUAAAGACUGUACCUGAAUCUCUUGCAUAUUAUAUUGAAAUGUUGGGUUGGGUGAAGUUACAAUUAGGAAAACUCUCCAAGGAGUGCAAAACUCAUUCAAAUUAUUGUAAUCACAUUAUUAAUAAUAUAGAUGAAGUAAAAUCUAUAUAUUUUUUAAAGAAAGAUUAUCAAAUCAGUAUUACAUUUCACGAGUAUCAAACUAAUAAAGAACAAAUAUUACAAAGAUAUAUCGAAGAGCUAUGUAAAGUGGAAAUGAAAGAGAAUAAUGACUUAAUUACAUGCAAAAAAGUUAUUAAAGUUGCAGAAUUAUUGAAAUUACAGAAAACAAAUGCUAUAUCUUUAUUGUUAAAUUGGACAAAAAAUGUAAAUUUAUUUAAUUAUUUUUUUAGAUAUGAAAAGGAAUCAUUUCAUUUAUUGACAGAUGAAUGUCAGUACAUAUAUAAAAUAUGUUCAAUAAUACUACAAUAUGCCAAAAUGGAUGUAGAUAUUGCAGUUGCAAUUGCAAUUCGAAAUUUAAGUUCAUCUGCAUUAUGUGUUUGUUUAGAUGAGGAUUUGCAAUCCAUGUUAUUGUUAUAUAAUUGGAUAAAUUUGUAUCAACAGUGUUUGAGUGAAAAGAUAACGUAUAAUUCAAACUCGGCGGAUAAAAAACAAAAUGAAAUACUAAAAUCAAAUUGGAAAUUAUAUACAAUAUAUAAAGAUCUAGCUAUAACUACAGAUGAAUCUUUGUUGCCAUUAUUUAGAAAUAUAAUUUCUAUACAAAAGUUUUAUAUAACUAAAUUUAUAUCUGAUACGGAGUUGAAUAAGGAAAAUCCAUUAGAGAAGUUACUUGACAAUAUAAAGAAAUUAAAAGUAAAACAUAACGAUUAUUGUUUACUGCAAAUGAUAAAAACUUUGUAUUUUAGUUUUUAUGUUAGACCAAACAUAGAUGUUACUUUGUUAUCCGAAAUUACAUCAGUAUAUUUUCGUCAUUUAAUAAUAUUGUUAAAAAAAGUAAUAAGUACACGAUCAUUUGAUCUUCAACUGGGGUUGUCUUGUUUGUUCAUGUUAUCCGAAUCAGAAGCGUAUAAAUGGAUUUCUAUCACCUAUAAAUCAUUUCAACCAGAUUGUACUCAACAUUUAAGAAUAUCAGUACUAGGUUACGAAUAUUUUCGUUUAUUAAAAAAUGAAACUAAUAUACAAAUAUUUAAAACUAAUAAAAUGAUGCACUGUUGGGCACUAAAAUUAUCAAAAUAUUCUACCUCGUAUAAAGAAGUAUUAACAGGUGAUGCUACAACUCAGAGACAAAUACUGCAACACGUUAUGAGUUGUAACGAUGAUGACAUCAUCGAUUUGUUACAACAUUUCUGCACUGAUUUUGGAUUUAAUACUCAAGACUGUUUAUUACUUUAUUUACAAACAGUAAUAAAAACAUGGAAUCCGAAAUUCAUUAUAAAAGAUUUAAGUGGAAAAAAGGAACUGCACAUUAAUGAAGACGAAAUAAAUGAAUUACGAAAAAAGUGUAAUCUAAUUGCUGCUAUUAUUGAAGAUAAAGCUGCCUUAAAGAAUUGUGUUAAAACUAUUUUCUCACAAAUUAAUUUCUACUACUAUGAAAUAUUUAUAAUUCUUAUGGAUCUUAUGAAAGACAAAAGUACUGAACAUAGAAAUUAUAUCCUUUUCCUACAAAAUUAUAUGCGUACUAGCCAACCUACACAAAUAGAAAGUGAUAACUGGAUACAUCUUAAUCCAGGAUACACAUUCUUACCGCCUAUAGCAAAAUGGAGAUUACCUUUCUUACCCAAAGUUGAAUUAUGGAAGCUCAUAAGUCCAGAAUUAAAUCUAAAAACUUAUGAAAAAUGGUUAGAUAUUGCCCCUAUUCUUAAAUUGCAAUCUCAUAUUGUAUGUACAUUAGCUAUUAAAGGCGAAAUAAGACACGUUUGGGGAAAUAAACGCGAAACGGAUAAAUGGACUCUCUAUCCAAAGAACACCACUUUAUUAAGUGACAUAAAAAGAUGCAUAGAACGGAUGACUGGUCCAGAUGCAUUAUACUAUGGCACAGCAGCAUUAUAUUAUGUUGUGAAUCAUACACCACCAGGUGCUGAUCAAGUAGCUGCAGUUGAUGAAUGUUACAAAUAUGCUCAAUUAGCAGCUCAAAAAUCUACAGUCUUUGAAGAGGGAAUGCUAGAGAAAAUUAAAUUCAAAUAUUUACGCUUUACAUCGGAACAUAUUUUACGUACCCACGGUUUAGAAAAAAAGAAAUAUUUGGAGUUAAUUGGAAAUCCGUUUAAGCUAGUCCAUGAAUUGUACUCGGACGAAAGUAUACCACAAAGAUAUCGAUGCGUUAUUAUUGAUCAUAGACCUGAUAUCAAUUCUGCAGUUGAUUAUAUUAGUCAGCUGUUUUCUAUUAACAUAAUAAAAUUACGGAUUGAACUGUUACAAGAAUGGUUACAACCAGAUGUUAAAUACACAAAACUUAAUCAGAGUAUAACAGAUACAUUUUCUGUGACGACAAAUUCUGAAUCAAAUUCCAAUUGCGAUGACAACUUGUUAAGAGCAUGUUACAUUCUUGAAUAUGGAGACAUCGAAUUGCCAGCUAACUUUCUUAUAAAUAUAUGUUUUGUUGAUAAAAACGAAGAUUACAGUGCUGAAGUACGUUAUAGAGCUCUUCGUGUAUUACAGAUGAUACUUGAUACUGCUAAGUUAGAAGAGUUAACUAAACGCGAUUACCAAACGAUUAGGAAUUAUAUGAAAUCAUUGAUAUAUAUAAGUAGAUUAGAACUACUGGGGAUAAGUUACAGCAUAAAGGAAUUCGAGACGUGCUCCAAAUAUGAGCUUGUACAAAUUUUAUGGAAAACACAGAAUUAUACACCACAAGCACUGGUUAUUAUUUCGCAACUGUGUAUAGAUUUUGAAAUAUAUGAAUACUCAUUAUGGGAUAAAAAUUUAACUCAGCUAGCUAAAUUGUCAAUGAUUAACGAAUUACAAAAAAUUUUGCUACAAGUACGAACUGUAAGUGCCAUUGUAAAUUCUAAUGGGUACCUAUUAGGAUGGGAAGUAGUCAUUUUAGAACCUUUCAGAAAAAUGGAUGUACACCCGACUAAUGAACAAAUUGAUAAUUGUAUUGAAGCUCUACAACUUUUAUAUUCGUGUCCUGUUGUACAUAUGUUGUGCUUCAGUGACAUUAUAAAAUAUUGCUUUCAAUGUCAGCAACCACAUUUUGCAGUUGCUCUAUUACCUUUUUUACAUGGUGAUGAUAAGAAGAAUGUUUUAGAACAAAGUAAAAAAGAUUUUGAUGUUGCAAAGAUCCUACAAGAUUUAAAUAGUUUAUCAUUAAACGGAAUACUCUGUGUACCAUAUUUUCUUCUUCUACAUCUGCAGAAACUGAUGCUAAUAUACAACGAUCUACUAUUAUGAACUUAGGAUUUUCUGGACAUUUUCGUAGAACAUGAUCAAUUUCGUCGCCAACCUUGACCUAUUUAUUUAAACAGAUAAUAU